CUCAAUUGAAUUACUCGCCGAUUUUUUAUUCCAUGUGGCCAUCGGAGAUUCUCCUCCUUAAUCCUUCCGAUUCCACGCGCCACCCUUGUUGAUCCUACCGCCGGUGACCUUGCUCCGUGAUCUCUUCAACACUACUCGGUACUGCCAAUUCGGUUCUUCCUUGAUCUAGUUUCUCUGCCCCUUUGCCGAGAUAGUGAAGGAAACCGAUGCUGGAGUGUCCUUCUUUACUGAUUUAAUUUGAUUGAGUAUGGAAAGUCAGUUGAGUAAGCCACAUGAAAAAAAAGUAGUCAAACUCUAAGUCGUCGUCAGGCUUCAACUCUGGUUUGUUCAAGCAGACAGAGCCACAUAUAGAAAUCUCAAAUCUCAUGCUGCUUUACUGAACUGCCGAUGAGCAGAACUGAUGUUAUUGGCAGUAGAAGGAGGAGGAUUCUUCUCUUCUUCAGCUUCAGGAUAUAGUAAGGGCCUGACCCUUCUUCUCUUGGGUCAGAGGAGUGAGGAUAAACCCAUGAGAGUUUCCCCGUGGAACCAGUACCAGUUGGUAUACCAAGAAUCAGACCCCGAGCUCCAGCUGGCUUCAACAAAGAAUCGCAUUUCCCGCGGUUGCGCUUCCUUUGCUUGCUUUGGUCGCGCUUCCGCAGGGCUUGAAACACCAUCUCCUCUUAAAGUGGGCCCUGCCCAACAGCAUGAUGUCUCACCAGGGUCCUUGGUUUCUGACAAGGAGCAAUCUGUUCAUCUUGAUAAUAGUAAUGCUACAAGAAAAAUAGCACUUAAAAGUAGCCUAAAAAGGCCACAAGAUCAUAAGCCAACUCCCAUUGAAGCUGCUAAUGAACGUGAAGAAUCAGGCGGUGAGCGGAGUGAUUUUUCUGUUCAAAGAGAGCGCAGGAAAGUGCAGUGGACAGAUGCUUGUGGCAAUGAGCUCACUGAGAUACGAGAGUUUGAACCAAGUGAAGUGGAUGGAUCAGAUGAUGAAUUUGACAAUGGGAAUGACAGAACUUGUUCGUGUGCCAUUAUGUAAAAUUGAAUUUCCACCAUAAGACGAGUGGAACUCAUUUGCGUGGCGUCCAGGGAAUCACUGCUUCUAAUAGCAUCACUCAGCUUGUAGAGAAUGAAGCCACAAUUUUACAGGACAUCUGAGACGGACAUGGUAGAGAGUCCAAUAACAUGAUCUGCCUGAGUGAUCGUCUGUGUCGCAGCCUUCAAUUUUGUUCCUCUGCUUCUCACCGUCAUCAUCAUCAAUCAAUUUAUUGUAUAUUUCUUGUGUGAUUACAUUAUCUUUCGAUUCAUCACAUUUAUGCCAUUUCAUGUUCUCAUUGUUAUAUGGAUCGACGAAGUUUUAGUCCUAUGUUCUCAUCUUCAUCUAGAAGAAAAAUUAUACAAGCAUGAGAUUCCAUACAAA